AUGUCGGAUGAUAAGCUCAAGGUGUUUGACAUCAUCGACUCGACGCUCAUGGGGAUUGAGUCUGAUAGGCAGUUCCCUCUUCCAACAGACUGCCAUAAAGACUGGGAUCCUCACCCGCCAAGGAAUGAGGAGGACGAUGAUGAGUGGACGGUUGUGCAGAAGAGGUGGAAGACACCUCUGUGGAACACGGAUAAUGAGCCUAAGCACAGUGCUGUUUCCCUUGCAGUCGAUUCGAGCCCAGAGGCUGCUGCUCAGCCUAUUGUUCCAGUGGAACCCAAGACGCGAGACGUACAGACUGAUUUUGUUUCUGCUUUUGUCAAUGCUUUUAAUUGGGAUGCUGGCUUGAAGUUACCUAGCCUGGCCAAGAUGCCUCGGAAGCUGGAAAAGAGGUUUGGAGAUUUGUUUGUCGUUCCACCGAUGAUGACUGCUUAG